AUGGAGGCUCCAUUAUGUCUCAUUGAGAACCUUGACGAUGGUACUCUCCAAGUCAAUCCUGAGGCUGUAAACGUCCUGUCCAGGAUAGAGCAUCAAGUGGUGGUGGUGGCAAUUGUAGGAAUGUACCGUACAGGAAAGUCCUACCUGAUGAACAAACUGGCUGGAGUUCAGACAGGUUUUGAACUGGGUGCCACAGUGCAAGCAAAGACAAAGGGUAUCUGGAUGUGGUGUGUCCCCCAUCCUACAAAGAGCAAUCACAUGUUGGUCCUGCUGGACACAGAAGGUCUGGGUGAUAUAAUAAAGGGAGACAAGGGAAACGACAUGAAGAUUUUCUGUCUAUCUGUCUUGUUGAGCAGUGCUUUGAUCUACAACAGUCAAAGGACCAUUGAUCAGGACGCAAUAGAAAAACUUCGGUAUUAUGUGUUUGUAGGUGAAUUGGCUCAUUUCAUUAAAGUAAAGUCCACAAAUAACGAUGACGAGGAGGGUGAGUUCUCCAGACACUUUCCCAUCUUCAUCUGGGCUGUGAGGGACUUCACUUUAAAGCUGGAGUAUAACGGAGAGGACAUCACUGAGGACGAGUAUUUGGCGUUCGCACUGAGACUACAGAAGAAAAACUCAAGGAGGAUAAAGGAGCGCAACCUGUGCCGAGAAUGCAUCUGCAUGUAUUUCAGGACCCGUAAAUGUUUCGUGUUUGACCUUCCUUCUGGGAAUAACAGUGUUCUCCAGAGAAUGGACGAGGUGUCAGAGGAAGAGUUAAGACCAGAAUUUGUAACUCAGACUCGAGAAUUCUGCAACUAUAUUUACAGAAGCGCUGAAGUGAAAUAUUUAGAUCACAUUCACCCAGUGACUGGGAAUAUGCUGGGACAGCUAGUGUAUAAGUACACAGAAGAUAUCACUUCUUUCAAUGUUGUGUGUAUGGAGGAUGCAGUGAUGAGUAUCUCUAAGGCAGAGAAUGAAGCAGCUGUCCAAGAGGCAACUGAGCACUAUGUGAAGAUGAUGAGAGAGAGAGGACAAUUCCCAACAGAGACACUCAAUGAGUUUGUAGAGCUGAGCGAUCAGUGUGAACAAGAAGCUCUUCAGAUAUUCAUGAAAAGAUCCUUCAAGGAUUCUGAACUCAGCUUCCAGAAACGGUAUAUGGUGGGACUUUUAGAUAUAAGUAUGUUUAUAUUACUGUAA